AUGUCAAUUGUAAAAAGGCAAUUUUCUAAUAGUCGAAUGAAAUCUGAUGCUGAUUUAUUUAAAUAGGCAGUUGAAGUAGUAGAUAGAAAGAGACCUGGUUCUGGACAACCUAUUUCAACAGUAUAAUCACCAUUACCUCCUAGAAAACCACUAUUUUCUGGAACUUAAAAAUAAAGAUUAAUAAUCGAUGUUAAUAAUGUUGAAUAAUAAUUUCCUGUUUAAAAAUUAGAAAAGAAUAGUUAGCAUUCUUCUAAAGCUUCAUUAAAUCUAAUAUAGAACUAACAAUAAUUACAACAAAUAGUAAAUAUUAUUUAGAAUUACUUUUUUAGAAAAUCACAUAAAGAUAACAAAAACCCCCAAUUUAUAUUGAUAAAAAGAUCAUAAAUUAAAGAUAAGAAUAAUUUUUGAGUUCUGGUAGACCUGCAAUUACAGGAGAAAGUAAAUCAAGAAAUACUAGCAAAUAAAAAGUAUAAAGUGCUGGUACAAAUACUAAAAAAUUUUCUUGGGCUGAUGUUUACGAUUAAUAACAAUAAUAACAAUAAUAACAAAGAGAAUCUUCUUAAAAUGUAAUUAUUAAAUUAUAGCAAGAAAAGAAGGGUAGUAUCAAAAGAGAAGUUAAAAGCUCUUCCACAAUAACCUUAGAUUAAUUAAAUCAUUUAAUCUUAUAAGCCAGAACAAAAUUUUUAUGAUGGUUUUGAUGAUUGUUUAACAAAAUCAGUUGAAAAUAAAUAACCUUUAUGUUAUACAAACUUUAGUAUGACUUCUGGACGCAAUGAUUUAGCAAAAGCAUUAGCUCCAAUUCAAAUGGAAAUCAAAUAAGCCUCAUAAGAAGCUAAACAAAAUUCAGUAAAUUCAUAUAUGAAUGGUAUUAAUUAUAUUAUUUAAUAUUAAAUAGCUAUUCCAGAAUAAGAAGAUGAUGGAUGUUCAUCAUUAGCUUAGAGUACUCUUUAUCAAUUUAAAUGA